AUGCCGCCUCGUGCCGCGCCAAGAAGCUGCAAUGCAAACAACCAGCAGCUCCGAUUAGAAAAAUUGCUCCAGCUGCCAGAAAACCGAGAGUGUUUUGAGUGCUUGGCGAAGCAGCCGCGCUGGGCCAGUACCAACCUUGGGAUCUUUCUGUGCCUCCGCUGUGCCGGCAUCCACCGCGCUAUGGGGACGCAUGUCUCCAAGGUGCGCUCGACAACCAUGGACACGUGGGAAGAGCAGAUGAUCCAGUGCUGUGAGUGCAUCGGCAACGCGCGGGGACGAAUUCUCUAUGAGCACAAAAUGAAUCCGCAGAUGCGGCCAGCCCCCGCCAGCGAUGCCGCCCUGGUGGAGCGGUUCAUGCGUGACAAGUACGAGCGGAGGAUGUACUACAACCCGCAGUAUGAGGCACUUGUAAAGCGGUUUCUCGUUUCCGGGGAGCCGUGUUCAGGCCCUGUGGCGUCGCAGCCGGUAGAAGGGGCAGUCGCCACGCCAUCACCGUCAAAGUGCGGAGGAGCAGCAGCAGCGUUGAUGCCGAUGUUGUGGGGCGGCACUGCUUCCACAACGGUAGUGGCCCCCGCUCCUCUGAUCGGCAACACAACUGCGAAGAGUAGCAUCGACAUCAAUGAACUCUUCGCCACAACAACAACAACAACAACAAGGACGACUAAUGCUUCUGUUAGUAAUUAUUGUGAUACGAUGAUGCAGCAGCAGCAGCAGCAGCAGCAACAACAACAACAGCACGUGUCUUCGACACACACGGUGUGGAGAGGAAUGGUGGGUCACCAACACCACCACCAGCAACAACAGCAUCCUGCGACUGCGCCGGCGCAGGCGGACCACCAGGCGACGCAGGCAGAUGCUAAAACAGAGAUCAUGUCCCUGUUUAGCAGUCCACCUAAUGCUCUUCCCACACAUGUAUAUAGUGCGUGGCAGCCACAACAACCUUCUUUUGGCUGUUACCUAUCGCAGUAA